AUGGCCGAAGGGAUUGAUACUUUGCAAUCCCUGUACUCGCGUUCGUGGAGGUCGUUUUCUGACGGCCCUUCUUCGACCGCAGCGCGUGGGUCUCGUCAUAUUGCUCGACGAGACCCGGAAUAUCUACGAUCAGCUGGGCACGAGAAUCCCAGCUGUCCCAGGCCGGUGGAUAGCCACACCAGCAACCGAGAUAACUCGUCCGGGCGCCAUUCACGUCGCGGUAGCUCAAGGUAUGCUCCACCAGAAAGCGUUGACGACCGCUUGAGUCCACUAAAGGAUGUGGUGGUGGCGGGACCACCUGAUCCGGCUCGGCGGUCGGAUCAGCUUGAUGUUCAGGAACUAAACCGUGUAACGGAACAGCUACACGAUAUCCUGGAUCAUGAACGGACUCGGCGUUACAAGCUCCAUGACAUUGCAACGAAUAAUUACAAUUUCUUAGUGCACGAUCGUUCAAAUGAUCUCCCGCGUUUGCGUUCGAGCAACUUGAGAACGAACGUUCGACUCGUUCUCUUCGUGACGAGCUGGAUGCAGCUCGUCGGACAUCGCUCUUCUGUGCGAGCAGGUCGCUUCGCUAGUCCACCAGACUGGCUCGUUGAAACGGGACCACUCGAAGGUGGUCUCGCCCUCGACCGCGGAGGUGUUAUUCGCAUCUUGAAACGGGCGCGUACUGAUAUUACGGGCGGUGACGUCCAACGUAAAACGCAGGAUGUGUACGCAUCUUACGGGCAGUUCAAUCGUGUAUGCGUUGCCCAUUCGGCGCAACACACAAAAUGGACCGAUGUACCUGGGCAGUUUUACUGCUGCCCAUGUUUGUCACUGCGUGUUUCGCGCAUCUGCAAACGAGUCUUGAACGAAGCGGACAACCGCUUCGUGAGUCAGCAGAAAUCCCUCUGCUGA